CGUUAAAAUCGACACUGUCAGCCUGGUGGAACAAAUGUUAGCUUUUCACAGAACUGUAACGCUGUAACCUUUGUAGCACCAUGGCAAGAGCGAGCAUCUCCGUUUCUGGUUCUUCAGGCUCCAGUCUGGAAUUUGAGGACUAUUCGCUCUACAAUAACCUGACUGAUGACCAGCUGCUGCAGCUCGCCAUUGAACGCAGCCUGACCAACACCCACUCCAGUGUCAUUGCUGCUGUCCCGACUCUUCAACAGCAAAGUAACAGAAGCACCUUGAACCUUCCAGAUAGAAGAACCAAUACUCCUGUAGUCCGCCACAACCCCUCUCCAGCCCAGACCACUGCACACUACAGUUCACCAAAUCCUCCGAAAGAAAAGCCACCUGAUCUGAAGAACUUUGAUGGAACCGUCAGUCGGUUUAUGACCGGGUCUGGGAAGCGUAUGGUGGCCUAUCGCAAACCUGAUGGUAGCUUGGUCCAUAUUGCUCCAGAACCUGAAGAGGAGGAGGAGCCUAUUUUCAAAGCAGUGCGUCUUGGUGAUGUCAGUCGAGUUAAAGCUCUGGUGAUGUGUCCAGGUACAAACCUGAUGCUGCCCAGCAAACCUGGGUGGUUGGCGAUCCAUCAGGCAGCCUGGUUUGGCCAAGAGGCCUGUUUGAGAGCCCUGCUGACAGCUCAGCCCGGGAUGGUCAACAAGCGAACAGAACGUGGCGAGUCGCCACUACUGCUCGCCGUCAGCAGAGAGCAUCUGCAAUGUGUUCAGGUGCUGCUGGAAAAUGGAGCAGACCCUGAGGUCAUGAGUCAUGAACGAGAAACAGCGUUGUAUAAAGCCUGUGAGAGGAACAGCCCUGCGAUGGUGGCGGCGCUGCUGAACCAUGGCGCAGAAAUCAACACUCCCUGUAUCCAGGGUUGGACCGCCCUACAGGAAGCCACCUGCCGCAACAAUGUAGAGAUCCUCGAGAUGCUCCUGAAGGCCGGCGCCAAACACAACCUCACCAACAUCUACGGCAUCACACCUCUGUUCACUGCGGCACAGAGCGGGCAGCUCGCCGCGCUGCGUUUCCUCCUCAAACACGGGGCAGACAUUAACAGCCAAGCUUCUGAUGGUGCCACGCCACUAUACGAGGCUGCUAAAAAUGGACACGAGGAAAUCGUGGAACUCCUGCUGUCCCAAAACGCUGACGCCAACAAACCCGGUAAAACCGGAUUACUCCCACUUCACAUUGCUGCUCAGAGAGGAAGUGACACAAUCGUGUCCAUCCUGAUUCCAGCCACCGGCAAGGCCAGAGUCCGCCGCACCGGCAUCAGUCCACUCCACCUGGCCGCUGAACGUAACCGUGACGACGUCCUGCAGUCUUUGAUUGCAGCAGGCUUUGAUGUUAAUGCCCAGCUGUCAGAGGAACGGUCCAAGAUGUACGAAGAUCGCAGAACCUCGGCACUCUACUUUGCCGUCAUCAACAACAACGUUGACGCCACCCGCAUGCUGCUGGAGGCUGGCGCUGAUCCCAACCUGGACGUGUUCAAUCCACUGCUGGUGGCAGCCAGGUUGAGUUGCAUCCAGACCGUCACUCUGCUGGUCAAGCACGGCGCCAAUAUCAACGCCCAAAUCCCCACCCACCCCACCACCUUCCCUGCCGUCUACAUGUUCUGCAUGAAGUACCUGCCCAUGUUCAAGUACCUGCUGGACAGAGGAGGCCACGCCCUCAGCUGCUUCGACUGCGUUUAUGGCAAUGGUCCACAUCCGCCAAUCAAAACCAGACGUUCGGACAGAGACGACCUCUGUGACGCAGGCGGACUCCUUUCAGUGGCCAGUCAGAGGAGAGGCAUUCAGUUCUGUGAGAUGAUCUCUGCCCCCAGUAUAUGUCGGUGGGCGGGUCCAAUCAUUGACGUUCUGCUUGACUACGUUGGUCAUGUGACACUUUGCUCCAGACUGAUGGAGCAUCUGGACAGUUACCCGGACUGGAGUGGCAUCAAAGAAAAAGCUGUGCUGCCACGUACGCUGCUGCAGCUGUGCAGACUGAGGAUCCAGCAGCUGAUUGGACGCAGGCAGCUGAAGAGGUUACCGCUGCCUGGUGGACUGAUCCGCUUCCUGCAGCAUCAGGAGGGGGCUGUGGACCACUGAGGACCUUCUACUGACUGGUAGACAUUCACAGCAGUGCAGGUUGUUGUUUUUUUUGUUUGUUUUCUUUUUAAAGCCUACUGGUGCAUUUGAACGUUGUUGGUUUUCCCAUUUUUGUGUGAAAAGAGGCUCUCCAGAACAUUAAGGUGUUCAUGAUGGCUUGUAGAGAGCAGUUC